AUGAUUUUGCCAAUAAACUUUCCUCAGAGCUCAAUCAACUGUGGUCAAGAAGACGGUCAGAGCUUUUUGCCUAUGGAGAACAACACAACUAUAUUUAAUCUUGAUACAAGCGAAUCGCCAAUAGUCAUCCCUCAAAUCCAGCCCAAACGCAGGCUGCAAGAAAAAAUGAUCAGUUUCCUAGAAUCAAAUUCUUUACUAGCAUUUAUGACAAUAAUAACAAUAUAUGCUCUUUUCGGUGACGAUAUUCGACUCGCUGCAUUUUCUAAAGACGAAGACGAUAUCUUUUUUUCACUCGCUACAGUCUGUUUUGCUCUUUUCUCGAUCGAACUGAUUUUAAGCUGCCUUUAUAAGCCAGACUACAUUUUUUCUAUGUAUUUUUUGCUUGAUCUGCUUUCGACGCUAUCUUUAAUUACUGAUAUUGGGUGGAUUUAUGAAAGCAUGAUUGGAGUCGAUUCAAAUUCUUCAAAAAAUGCAUCAAAUAUACAAAAUGCGUCAAAAAUUUCACGGGCUGGGACGAGAACGACGAAAUAUGUAAGAAUUAUAAGGCUGGUGAGGCUACUAAGAGUUGUAAAGCUGUAUAAAAAUGCGAAUGUAGCAAUAACGAAAACAGGAACAGAAGAGAUAGAAGCAGCUGUGAUACCAAAAGAGUCACAGGUUGGAAAAAGAUUUACUCCUCACUUUAAUCGAGUAGCUCAAAUAUGAGGAAAUAUGAGGAUUAAUUUUUAUUUUAAAUAAAAUUGAUUUAACAAAUGAAUCUGCAAAUAUAUGAUUUAUCUAAUUUAUAAAAUUUAUGAAAGAAUGGAAUGACACUAAAAGUUAACAAAUUAGCUAGAAAUAUCAUUAUUACUUACUUACUCUCCCCUUUGUGGGCGAACAAAAAAAUCUUGUCCGCUCACGGAGGGUUUUUUUUUUUUUAAAAAAAUCCUAAUUCGCAAAAAUUGGAAGGCAAAUAUUAAUUUAAUUUGUAAAAUUUAUGUUUAAAACGCAUUUUUUUAAAAUUAAACAGAAUUAGCUAGAGAUUUCAUGAUACUAGUUAUCACUUAUAUAUCAAAAUUUUAUUAUUUAAACAAUUUUUGUUAUUUCACGGAAAGGUGAGUUUUUGGGCAAAAAAUAGCGAUUUCUCUAAUGGUUUUGCUCGCUUACGGAGGGGGGUUAGCGUUAAAUUUGGAGUCUAUCGGCCACGUCGCUCUUCUGUACUUUAGCAAAUAAAAAUCAUGACUGGGCCAACCAAGCUUCAGACUCAGCCUGACUUAGCUACGUUUAGCUCUCGGGCAUACCAACUUGAGCUCAGAUACCCUAAAAGUCUAUGUCUUCAUUGUCUGGAGCUAAUAUCACAAUUUCAGAACAUUUAUUACCUUUUGGAUAGCCUUUAGCGCCAUGAAUCGCUUUAAUGCUCCAUCGUUACGAUGAUAAAUUUUCUGGGUUAAGCCAAUUUGCAUAAUCAAAUAUGAAAGAAAAGAAUUUUUGGUUGGGAAAUCAGAAAAUAUAAAUAUGCCAGAUCUUGAUUGUCAUAUCUCUUUAUAUAAUUAUAGCCAAGCCUCGUUUUGGCUCAGGCUAUACCAAUAUCUUCUGACAUCACCCGGAGAGUCGACAAACCAACAUUUGUCGCUAAACCCAACUCAGUGGCAAAUCCACCUGUCACUGGAGAUUUGUCAUCCAGGGAGUUGUCUGGAUUGCAUCCGAGGCUUCGGCAUAGCCCGAGCAAAAAUGAGGCAAAGGCUGUAUUAUUUAUAUAGAAAAUAUUUCAUAUAAAGAUUUUUUUGCAGACGCUUAAAGAGGCUAACUGCCUAAAAUAAGGAUUUUCCAAUGAUAUUACUCUUUCUUAAAGGGGGAGGUAGCGAUUUGACUAUAAAACGAGUCAUUAUUAUAGUGCUAUUAAUGCUUUUUAUCCUCCCAUUUUUCGAUACAGAUUUUUACGACUCAGACCCCACAAGCUGGAACUUCGGCCUCGACGAAGUCAUUGCUUUUGAAGGCAGACGUGGCUUUUGAGGCGUUGUUGAAGAGUACUGAAAUUACCACGUAAAUGACACUCGUCCUAUCAUAUAUUUAUAUUUAGAAUUUUCCAACGGUACAAAUUACACGCGAGAAGGAGAUGCUGAUUAUACCAAUCUCAGGUACAACGAGUUCGAGACUUCAGGUAACGACAGCUCCUUUUCUGUUUUUGACAUCAGAGCUGACACCAGGCUUGCUGCUAUCUUAAACAUUUGCCAAACCAUCUUUAUUUGCUUUGUUUUCACAGUCGCUGUGUUUUAUUUUACAAAAGACACCACAAAUCUUGUGAUUGCUCCAAUUGAAAAAAUGGUCCAAAGAGUCACAGAAAUCGCAAAAAACCCAAUAUCUGCUUAUAAAAAGAAAGAUAUUGAUAAAGGCAAAAAGAAAAAAUUCUGCUUUUGUUUUUCGUUAGGGACAGGAGAAAAUGGAAAAUAUGAAGCUGCAUUAUUAGAAGACACCAUGAAUAAAAUAGGUGCAUUGCUGGCCUUAGGAUUUGGAGAAGCUGGGGCUUCUAUAAUAUCUUCAAAUAUGGAAACUGGAGACUUGCAGUUCAAAAAAGGAAGCAGAAUUGUGGCAAUUUUUGGGUUCUGUGAUAUCAGAAAUUUCAUUGAUACCACAGAAGUCUUAUAUCAUUAAAAUGGUGGCACGUGCCAGCCUGCCCUCUUGGCGUAGCAGUCCAGGCCUUAUUACUCCGGUGAAUUGGGGCGGACACCUUGCUGAGAAUCAAAUGCAGGCUUAAGAGAUGUUUAUUCGGUUUACUUUGGCUGCUUUCCUGUGGUUAGAAAUGGAGUGCUCAACAAAGUAUUUUGGAUCCGAGGACACAUUGGCAUUUCUCUACCGAAAAUCUGGGGUUUCGGCUCAGGCCACACGGGAGUAAUCUUUUUCCUUUAGCUGUCGAAUGAAGGCACUUCGGCAUCCGAGAGACUCCAGGAAGCUGAUCCUUGGAAUUAAGCUACUCUAAUCACCCCAGCAGGGCCACAUAAAUCCAUAAGCACUCACUUGAGGCAAGGAGGAGACAGAAGGUACUAGAAGGGCACUUGCGAGAGGGAUAUAACCUCUGGGCUGGAGUCAAAAAGUGGUUGAACCUCCCCAUAGGGAGGUCUUUGAUGACUGCUUCGCCAAUAUAGCUAGCGCCUGACUUUUAAUAAUCCUAAUCCUAACAGCAGAAGUCUUACAAGAAAAGGCCAUGAUAUUUGUUAAUGAAAUAGCAAAAAUUGUGCAUAGGACAAUUGAUGUAUAUCAGGGAGCUGCUAAUAAAAAUAUUGGCGACUCUUUUCUCAUUGUAUGAAAAUUCAAGCCAAAAGAUUUUUCUAUCAGCAGCAAUAAUAUAAUCCGAAGAAAUUCUUCAUCUAGAAAGGCUGAAUAUUUGCCAGAUUUAGCCCUUUUGGCAUUUUUAAAAAUUCUUGCAAAAAUAAAUAAAGAUUCGUCAAUUUUGAAGUACCGACAAAGUGAAGGUUUAAACAAAAAAAUGAAAAACUUUGAGGUCAAAAUGGGGUUUGGGCUGAAUUUCGGUUGGGCAAUUGAAGGGGCGAUAGGCAGCAAGUUCAAAAUUGAUGCAAGCUAUCUGUCUCCCCAUGUAAACCUUGCGUCAAGACUUGAAGCUGCCACAAAACAAUAUGGAGUUCCAUUAAUAUUAAGUGGCGCCUUAUAUGACUUAUUUUCCCCUGCAGUAAAAGCUUUUUGCCGCCACAUCGAUACGGUGACUAUAAAAGGAAGCAAUACACCCAUAAGAAUUUAUACUAGCGACUGCGAUUUCUCUGAGCUAUCCCCUUCAAGAUCAAAGCCAAAAACCAAAGAAAAUUCAAAUUUGAAGCGAAAAGCGUUAAAAAAGAAGCUGGAAGAUAGGUCUUGGAAUCCUAUUGAUAGCUUUUCUGAGUCAAGAUCAGUAACAAUAAUGAGGAGAAGCUUCAAAAAAGAAUUUUUCGAGACUUUUGAAUCUGGCUUCACACUUUACCUUGCUAAGGAUUGAAGAUCUGCAUAUGGGAAAUUCGAAAAGUGCUUGAAAAUGAAGCCAAAGGAUGGCCCGUCUCUAAGACUGCUAGAAUUUAUCAGUGGAAAUGGUUUUCAGCCUUCUCCGAGUUGGGAAGGUUACAGAGCCCUAAAUGAUAAAUAA